AUGGAGUACGCUCCAGGCAUCCUUCUACGGGCUCGGGAGCAUCUCCUCUCUCUCCCCGCCUCUGAGGUCCCCCGUGGCGCCGCCCCCACGAGGGGAGGGAGCUUUGACAGCCCCCAUAGGGCAUCGGCAUUCCUGGUUGUCUCCACUCUGGCCAGAGCAAGGUCUCUGGCUCCAGCUCCCGUGCGGUCCUCAGCUAUCCAGGAUCCAGCCCCUUAUCCCAUAGCGCCGGGAGUGAGGAGCAGGGAGCGUGGAGCAGGAAGCGGGGAGCCGGGAGGCAGUUCCAGGUCCGCCCUCUCUCCCCCCAAAUCCACGCCCCUCACCCCCACCCCCGCCCUCGGUGGCAGCGGCGCCUGUUGCAGUGGCCUGGAGCGCAGCCCAGGUAGGGGCCGGCAGCAGAGAGGCACGCGCGCGGAAGGGGACCGGCGCGCUCCCCAGCGCGCCCCCAAGUCCAUCCCACAGCCCACGUUGCACCUCGUUCUCACCUUCAUCUUCCUUCUCAACCUCGUGCGCCCCCUGCCACUGCCAUCUCUUGUCCCUUCGCCGUGGGGGCCCCCAACAUCGCCACCUUCUACCCUGUUUGUCCCCGCAUCCCUAGCACCCCCCCCACCCCAACUUGCUGCCUUCGUCCGACCAGUGCCAGUCAUCACUGCCUUACCGAUGGCCUCGGAGCUGGGUCUGGCCAACAGCAGUAGCUCGAGUUUGGGGGCUCCCGAGGGCAACGGAUGGGUGGCCGCCGUCCUGUGUGUCAUCAUCGCUCUGACUGCGGGGGGCAACUCGCUGCUCAUCCUGCUCAUUUGCACGCAGCCGGCUCUACGCAGCACUUCGAACUACUUCCUGGUGUCUCUCUUCACGUCGGACCUGCUGGUGGGGCUGGUGGUGAUGCCGCCCGCCAUGCUUAACGAGCUGUACGGCCGCUGGGUGCUGGCACGCAGCCUUUGCCUGCUCUGGGUGGCCUUCGACGUCAUGUGCUGCAGCGCCUCCAUCCUCAACCUGUGCCUCAUCAGCCUGGACCGCUACCUGCUCAUCCUGUCUCCUCUGCGGUACAAGGGACGCAUGACCCCGUGCCGGGCCCUGGCCCUCAUCCUGGCCGCCUGGAGCCUGGCUGCCCUGGCCUCCUUCCUGCCCACGCACAUGGGCUGGCACCAGCAGGGCGGCCUGAUGUCCCCCAACGCCACUGCGGAGGCCUCCUGGGCUGACCUGGCCCCUGGGGGGCAGUGCCGCCUGCUGGCCAGCCUGCCCUUUGUCCUGGUGGCUUCAGGGCUCACCUUCUUUCUACCUUCUGUGGCCAUCUCCUUUACUUACUGUCGGAUCCUGGUGACUGCCCGGAAGCAGGCAGUGCAAGUGGCCUCCCUUGCCACCAACAUGGAGGCGUUGCAGAGGAGCAUCCUCUGUGGCAGAGGGAAGGGUCAACCUUCGGUUACCUCUUGGGGAAUCCUCAAAGGCCUGUGUCCCUUGCAGGUGCCAAGGACUCCAGAUCUAGCAGUGUCAGCCUCCAGUGAGAACAGACGGUUUGCUGCCAAGCACAGCAGGAAGGCUCUGAAGGCCAGCUUGACACUGGGCAUCCUUUUGGGCAUGUUCUUUGUGGCCUGGCUACCCUUCUUUGUAGCCAAUGUGAUCCAGACCGUGUGUGACUGUGUCCCUGGAGUCUUCUUUGAUGUCCUCACCUGGCUGGGCUACUGCAACAGCACCAUGAACCCCAUCAUCUACCCGCUCUUCAUGAGGGAUUUCAAAAGGGCCAUGGCCAAGUUCGUGCCCUGUGCGCGGUGGGCCUGGGAUCGCAGGACUAGCCUCAUCUCGCUCUCCAUGCGAAAUUCCCACAGUGGGGCCCCCCAGUUCAUCCCCCAGGCGGGUUUCUCCUUGCAGCACAGGAUGACCCUCCCUGGAGAGGUGGACUCAGGCACCUCGGCCCUGCGGGUCACUGAGCAGCCCCGGGAGGCCAUGCCUGGCCACUCCCCACCCACGGGCACCGAUGCCGUCAGCCUCUUUGACAUGGACCCCGUGGAACCCGAGCUAAAGCUCUCUGCCCUCAAUGCCCCCGUGGACUGAGCCCUGAAGUCAGAGGCUGCUGGGCCUUGCUCUGAGUGGGGAUCGGUCCUCGGGCUAGUUGGCCAGGGAAGCAAGAGCCUUCCAUUCACCCACCUUGACCAGCAAGAGGCCGACCCCUUCCAUCUCAUCUGUGUGCUUUUUCCAGUGCUGGAGACACAUUCCCUGAGACAUCCUUCCUUUCCCACCCAGAUACGUUCGUGAGUGUCGCGCCAGAGAUCAGCUUGCUCAGGGUGAAGCUGUGCUAAGCAUAAUCUGCCUUGACUGUGUUGGGGGUGGUAUGGAUAGGGAAGGAGAUGUGGGGAACUUAGGGAACCUCUGGGUUCAGGAGGAGCCAGUGGUCUCUGUCCUCCUUAAAAACCCCGUGUGAGGGAAAGAAAAACUCCCUGUGCCUGGGAGCCUCAGAGGCCAGGUCCCCAGGUGGGGAGGGCCGGAAAGCCCCUUCCCUGGGAGCUCUCAGCCAUAUAGGGGAGAGUCUUAACUCGGGGUGGGGGAGGGGAACCACAGUCGUUCCUGCCCCAUUGGAUGUGUGGGGGGAGCCCCUGGCCUAAGGGAGGAGAAAGAACAGAGCCUGAAUCCCCAGUCAGAGCAAGGCUGGCCCCAUUGAGUUCUCCACCUCCAUACUGAGUUCAGGAGAAGUGAGGCCCAGCAGAGGGGAUCUGAUCAAGGGGAGGCACUUCGGCCACUAAGUUCCAUAACAGGGAGACCAAGGUUAGUUCUUCUGAAGCUCCAGUAGAGUUUCGGGUGCUAUAUAUGUGUGUGCAUGCACACACACACACACACACAUACACACACACGCAUGCUUGAGGUCAGUGGAGUUCUUCUGGAUCACAUGUUAAUGCGGGAAGAGUUUUUGGAGGAAGUUUGUUUUCAGCAUGUUUGCCAAGGAGACGACAGCAUGGUAUGUACUAUAGAGCUCUAGACUAGGAGUCAAAAGACCUGGGUUCAAAUCUUGGCUCCUGCUUCCUCUUAGCUGAGCACUCUUGGAGAAGCCUCUAAGCCUCAGUUGUUUCAUCUGUAAAAUGGGUGUAAUCAUUACUGGCUCUGCCUACCUCAAAGGGCUGUUGUGCUGACUGUGUUUUGCAAACUGCAAAGAGCAGGUUAAGGUGAGCCAGGGUUGCUGUACUACUUCUUACAGGUGUGAGCUCAGCCAAGAGGCUGGGGUGGAGCGGGUGUGGGCUUGGCCUGUAUGAAGGUGAGGAACAGGCGGGGCAACAAGGGGCCCCUUGUUGGGGAAACUUUGGCCUAGGCCUUCUGGGGAGUAGGCCCUGCUCUGCUGCUGUUUGUGCCACUUAGGACAAGUUACCGGGACCCUUGGGAUCUCUCACCUUUAUCUGUGAAAAGUAGGACCACUAAGAUGCGGUCUUCUGUGUUCUAAAUUCCCAAGCUCCAAUAUCCUAUGUUCCGAGGUCUCUCCCAGCCCUCAUAUUCUGUGCUUUCAAAUGCCUCCAGGCGCUGACAUUCUAUGUUGUAAGUCCCUUCUCAGCUCUGAAAUUCUAUGCUCUAAGCUUCCUCUUAGCCCUGAUAUUCUAUGGCCUAAGAGACCUCCCCACUCUGACAUCCAGUAUUCUAAGGCCCCUCCCAGCUCUGACAGCCUGUGUUCUAAGGGCCCUCCCACUUCUGACAUCCUGCGUUCUGA